UAGGAGUAUAUAAGAUGCUGCGUGCGCUUCUUGUGACCAUAUCCACGUUCCUCUUGCAGCUAGCUGAGCUCAGUACGUACCCUGCAUAUAUCCUGCACUUGUCUAGAGCUUGUUGUGAUCUUGAUUCCUUGGCUUGUCUUGCGCCAUGGGUUUCGUGUACCGAAUCGCGAGCCCGUCCGAGUACCUGGCCAUCACCGGGUACGGCGUGGACGACGUGAAGCUGGCAAAGAAGGCGUGGAUCGCGCCGGGGCAGCGGUGCGCGCGCUUCGACAUCUCCCCUGUGAACUACACGUUCGAGGUGCAGGCCAUGAGCGCCGAGAAGCUCCCCUUCGUGCUCCCCGCCGUCUUCACCAUCGGCCCCCGCGCGGACGACGUCGAGUGCCUGCUCCGCUACGCCAAGCUCAUCUCCCCGCACGACAAGCUCUCCCACCACGUCAACGAGCUGGUCAAGGGCGUGAUCGAGGGCGAGACCCGCGUGCUGGCGGCCUCCAUGACCAUGGAGCAGAUCUUCCACGGCGCCAAGUCCUUCAAGCAGGCCGUGUUCGAGAGCGUGCAGCUGGAGCUGGACCAGUUCGGCCUCAUCAUCUACAACGCCAACGUGAAGCAGCUGGUGGACGUGCCGGGGCACGAGUACUUCUCCUACCUCGGCCAGAAGACGCAGCAGGAGGCCGUCAACCAGGCCAAGGUGGACGUGGCCGAGGCGCGCAUGAAGGGGGAGGUCGGCGCCAAGGAGCGCGAGGGGAUGACGCGACAGAACGCCGCCAAGGUCGACGCCGAGACCAAGGUGUACACCGUCAAGCGCCAGGGUGACGGCUCCAAGGAGGAGGCCAGGGUGACGGCGGAGGUGAGGGUGUUCAGGAACCAGAGGGACGCCGAGGUGGCGCAGGCCGACGCCGAGCUGGCCAUGAAGAAGGCCGGCUGGGAGCGCCAGGCGCGGACGGCCGAGGUGGAGGCGGCCAAGGCCGUCGCCAUACGCGACGCGCAGCUGCAGGUGGAGGUGGAGCGCACCAACGCCGCCAGGCAGACGGAGAAGCUCAAGGCCGAGCACCUCAGCAAGGCCGUCGUGGACUACGAGAUGAAGGUGCAGCAGGCCAACUGGGAGCUCUACAACCGCCAGAAGGCGGCGGAGGCGCUGCUGUUCGAGCAGGAGAGGCAGGCCGAGGCGCGCCGCGCCACGGCCGACGCCGACUUCUUCGCGCGGCAGCGGGAGGCCGAGGCCGAGCUCUACGCCAAGCGUAAGGAGGCAGAGGGGCUGGCGGCCAUGGGAGAGGCCCAGAGCGUCUACCUCUCCUCCAUGCUCGGCGCGCUCGGCGGCAGCUACGGCGCGCUCCGCGACUACCUCAUGAUCACCUCGGGCGUGUAUCAGGAGAUGGCACGCAUCAACGCCGACGCGAUCAAGGGACUCGAGCCCAAGAUCAGCGUGUGGAGCAACGGCGGCUCUGCUUCGUCCGAGGGUGGUGACGGCGCGAUGAAGGAGAUGGCCGGGGUCUACAAGAUGCUGCCGCCGCUCCUCACGACGGUGCACGAACAGACUGGGAUGCUACCGCCGGCGUGGAUGGGCACUCUCAAGGGCGGCACCUCCACGUCCAGCUGAGCUUGUCACCAAGCUUUUAAAUUAAAUAAGUACAUGCAGUCCUGGUGCACCGUAUAUAUACAUGCCACUGUGAUUGUGAAUGCGUGUGAGACAAGUCAAUAUAAGUGUUUUAUUUACUAAAUAAAAAAGACUAAGGACAAUGCAUAUCAA